AUGAAUAAAGUUUUUGGCAAGCAUCGAAUACUCAAUCCAAUAUGGAAGACGGCUCUACUUCCAUGUCAAUCAUUACAGAAGGAUCCAUUGCGACGUAUUUAUUAUCAUCAUCGUGAUUCUAAAGUUAAAGUAGAUCAGAAUCAGCCAUUUCAUCGUCCAUAUUCAUCUGGAUUUGUGGUUAAUCGUUAUCGUCAAUUUCGUGGUGAUGAUAAUUUUCUGACAGAAAAUGAAGCGACAGCUUUUAUCAUGCAAUUACAUAGUAGAGAAAGGGAAAUUCUACUGCGAUCACUUUUGCCGGUUGUGGGUAGGAAGCCAGGAAGCUUAAAAGAUUUAGCCAUUCAACUAACUCAACAGGAAAGAGCUAUUGCUCGACAACAUUAUAUCAAACCUACGGUGCCAAGCCUGAGAAAGUUGCUACUAGUUGCCGCCAAUAGUGGGAUACCCUUUAUAGCCUUCGGUUUUCUUGACAACGUAAUUAUGAUCACUGCUGGAGAAUACAUUGAAUUUAAAGUAGGUGCUGUUUUAACGAUAUCGACUAUGGCAGCUGCUGGUCUAGGCAAUAUGGUAUCAGACGUUGCAGGACUUUGUUUUGUAGGAUAUAUAGAAGGUUUAACAUCGAAAAUGCAAUUAACCAUGGCUCAGCUGUCUGCUGAAGAGAAAAAAUUAUGGCAGACUGUAUUAUUUACUAACUUAGGAAGAACUGUCGGAGUUCUAAUUGGAUGUUUACUUGGAUUAUCUCCGUUACUGUUUUAUUCUCAUCAAAAAGACCACGACACUGUAACCGAGUCGUCACUUGCGACAGAUGACUAG